UUGAUUUCAGGGUUCUACGAGAGCAAUGGAUCCGUGCAAAGUAUGAGCGUCUUGAAUUCAUGGACUUAGACAAGCAGACUUAUCGGUCAGGAAAGAAGACUGGAUAUCUGUGGAAGAAAGGCCGGGAUGAUAACAGGUUUCAACAUAGACUCUUUGUCCUAUCAGAAGAUGAUAAUACACUCAAGUAUUAUAACAAGGAAAAUGCAAGGGAGCCCAAGGCAACAAUAUUAUUGUCCGAGUUGAAUGCUGUUUUUACUCCAGAGAAAAUUGGUAAUCCUAAUGGCCUACAGUUGAGUUAUAUCAAGGAGAAUAUGACCAGGAAUAUCUACCUCUAUACCAAUGAUGGUAAAGAUAUAGUUGAUUGGUACAUGGCCAUUCGGCAUGCAAAGUUCAACAGACUGAAAGUAGCUUAUCCAGGGGCCUGUGAUGAAGAUCUGGCCCAACAGUUAACCAGAGACUUCUUAAAGGAAGGAUGGCUAAGCAAGACUGGUCCCAAAGGAAAUGAAGCAUACAAACGUCGAUGGUUCUCAUUAGAUGGCAGAUUAUUGAGUUAUUAUCAAGAUCCUUUGGAUGCAUUCCCUAAGGGUGAGGUGGUACUAGGUACAAGAACAGAUGGGUUUACUGUAAGAGAAGGAGUACCUCCUGGUCGUCUGGAUCAACUGUAUAGUUUCACCCUGGUGACACCCACGCGCCAGUACUAUCUGAGCGCAGACCUGCAGGAGGAAAGAAGGCAGUGGAUGGAAGUCCUCAUGAAAGUUAUUGACACUCCCCAAUCAAGACAAGAUAAAAUGCUAAUGAGCCUUGUCAACAAGGAGAAGUAGACAAUUGAAACAAAGCUUGACACCACAACUCAUUAACAAACGCAUGUUGUUGUCUUGUACAGUUUUAUUUUACCAUUGAAUUCUUUUAAACUUUUCUAUUAUUCAGAAAAAACAAAGAUUUGCUUUAUUUAUGUAUCAAAUGUUGUCCAUAUAGCAGUAUGAUGCAAUCUGUAUUUUUAGGUCAUUAUCUUAGAGGUGAAUGUGGUAAUUUUGCAUGAAAAUAUGGCUUUCUCAUAAUUUACCCAUCUUAACAUCCACUUCAGUACAAGAAUUGAAAUAAGACUUGAGUAAACUUUACUUAAUGCUCAGCAAUCAAAAGGUUGUGUAUCAAAACAUGCUCACCAUAUUAAUAUUGCAUCGCUAAUCGCAAAUAUUUUAGCCUCAUCAUACGUGUAUAUGGCAUCUCUUCAUCUAUGGCACUUAUCUGUUGGCAUGUGAAUGAAUAAUUGUAAAUACAUUGCAUACAAUUUAUCAUAUUAUGGAAUUCUGGAUGAUUAUGAUUAACAAAUUGAUAGUGAGAGCAACCUUCCAUAUGAUAUAGCAUACAAUGUGAAUCAAAUUCUGACAUCUAUUGGGAAGAACUGUCAUUAAUGUAAAAAAUAAAAAUAAAAAAUCUCCCAGAUACUGCCCCCCCCCCCCCCCACGCUUUCCACAAUAAUAUCUUUAGUCCCAAACAACUUACUCAACAUAGUGAGGUCAUUUUGUGUGUGGGGGUGGGGGUUCUUAAAUAUUAUACAUUGGUUGUGAAAGGUCUUGAUUUGAUGUUCUUCGCCUAUUGUCAUUCAAACCAAAAUGUAAUGUGCAGACUGACACUGUCAUGCAUUUAGCCAUAAUUAUUUAGCCCACUUUAAGCCUAACGCAAUGAUCAAUUAGUUAAAUGAUGGAUAGAAUAUUACUCAAAAUUAGAAGAUAAUGAAUCAAAAUCUAUCAAAAUUGUAUUUGCAGGCCUAGAAUAAAAAAAAAUGAAAAUUAUUAAAAUAAAGGAAUCAAUGAAUACUAUAUUUAACUUAUAGUUUUAUGAUGUCACUAGCUGCUUGUCCCUAGGUCUAUUUGUUUGAUAAGCAUUUUUUUAAAUGUUCAUACUUAUGAAACUACAUAUUAUUUGUGUGCACUUCUCUUAAAAAAUCUAGUUCUUUUUUUUUUCCAAAAAUAAAAAUAAUUUCAUCCCUGGAUGAUUUUCACCAUACUUCAGAUUUUCCCUUUUUUUUUCUUAAAAUAAAGGACAUGACGUUCAAUCCAAAUCCCAAUUAGGAUUAAUAAGUAAAGUAGAACUGAACAUGUAUUUUUAGCUUUGUUGAACUAAAGAACUGGGAAUCUUGGUUUUAUUUACAGGAUGCACUGUUUAAGAAUAGUUGCAGGUCACUUGGUCAAGGUCAAAGAUGUAUUGUAAAGCAUCUACUAAAGCUAAUACCUCGGUCACAUUUGCUCUAUGGCGUCCGUACGGCGAGUAGAAAACAGCCGUUUUAUUCAUUUUUAUUCAAACCACCUAUAUGACGCUGGUACAAAAUAAGGCUAAAACGGCUGUUUUCUACUCGCCGUACGGCCGCCGUAGAGCAAAUGUGACCGAGGUAUAAGUCAAUCCUUCGCACAAAGUUUCCUUCUGUAUUUUUUAAGUGGGAUUCAUGCUUUUUCUUUUCAUUCCUCCAAAUUAUGCAUAGAGAAAUUAGUGGGGAUUUAGGAAAGAUGAAGUCAAAUAAUAUAUGUGCACAGAAGGUGUUAAUGUAACUUUGGUUAAAUUCAAAUGUAAAUCAUGAGUUGGUGAGAGAAAGAAACCCCCUUGCAAUAUAUUACAUUGUAUCACUCUACAUUCCCAAUAUGAAUGUGAAACCAUUUAAUGUGUAUUGGUGUUAUGGCUGUGUCAAUUUUCUGCCACAUUGUUUCUUAUGCAUAAGUAUGUUGUAAAUUGUUACAAAAAAUUUCGAGAAAUUGUAAAUAUGUCACUUUUGAUGACUUGGUAUUAAUCAUUGUUUUUUUUUUGUACUCCUUUGCCAAGGAUUAAUGACAAUGCUUGUUUUUAUUUUAACAGAAAAGACCAAAAGUGCCAUAGUAAUAUGUAGAUUAUAAUUCAGGAAAUUUAAUGUAAAACCAUGGAGGGAAAAGAGAAAGAGUGACAAAGAAAUAUCAAUUAAUUCAUGAAGCUUCCAAUUUCUAAAGAAGUAUGAAUAUACAGGUGAAUACACAUUGUUGGCAGCCUGUGAUGCUGCCAGUUUCAUGUGAAAACUGAAAGUGAUUUGUGUUGAAAAUAGAUAAUUGGGAAUAUUUCAAAUUUUAGUUAAUCACAAAACAUGAAUGUUAAGCACAUUAUGAAAGCCUUAUUGUGUCCUGAAAUUGAGCGAAAUGUUGCAUGAUUACAGUUUCAAAAUGUGAAACACCCUCAGAAUUUUCCAAGUUUUAAAUCAACAUUCCACAAACGUCCACAUUACAAAAAAAUAAGAUUAUUUCAAGGGAAUGCAGGUUGUUUCUAAAAAAGGUAACAGAAGUUCAAAGGUCAGCUAUAUCAAGAAUACAUGAUUUAUUCUUGUGAUUUAUAUUCUACAUAAGUGAGUAACUCAUCAACUUUGAUUUGACACCUUGCUUGUGUCAUAAUUAUCACAGGCCACUGAGUUAUGAUCCUUCAAAGGCAAAGGACACAAAACCUACUUCUUCCAAGUUUUGGGUUUCAGUGUACAUGCACAAAACCUUCUUUACUGUAAGGUUUUGGUUUCUUCAGAGUUUUUCCCUUCAAAUUUCAGUGAAAUGCUAUCCCCUCUGUUAACUUUUUGUGACUGACUGGCAUUUACAUAUCAACUACAAUGUACCUAGCUUCAUUCUCUGUUGAACACGUUAUUCAUCUUACUUUAGCACCACAUUCAAUGUUUCACAGUACCUCCCCUGUCAACACAGCAUGUCUUGCAUUGCUCUUCUAACCAUCGUAGGAUUGUGACAAAGAACAUUUAUCUCAUGUGAAACUUGUAUCUGGCCUGUAAGUCUGUAGUUAGGUAGGAAGUUUUUGUCUAUAAUUUACAAGGAAAAUACAAAACAUAUGCCUGACAUAUUUUAUCUCUGCGGCAUCAAAAUGGGUUUGAAGGAAACGAGGGAGAUGCUACUCCAUCUGUUUUACCUCCAUGGUAAAUCAUGUGUCAGUGAACAUAUACACGUGUGUUUUAAUACAUGUAUGUGAAUUUCAUAAUUCUAUAGACUUUGCAAUUAAUCCUGUCACGCAAUAUAUUUUUACAUUCUACUUUUAAAUCAUUUAUUUUGUAUUUGAAAUUGUUAUUUUGGAUAGAUUUAUAUUUUAAUUUAUUUUUGAAAUAAAACUGUCUUCCAUUAUGUUAAAGAAAUCUUAUAAGAUAAGUCAAUAUGUUGUACAAAAUGAUAAGAAAACAAGUAGAAUUACAAGUUUUAUUUUUUUUUUUAUACCAAGUGCUGAGUAUAGGUCAUAUAUUAAAUGGAUACAUGUGUAAAUCUUUA